AUGGAGAUGCAAUCAUAUUAUGCCAAGCUCUUGGGGGAAUUGAAUGAACAGCGGAAGAGGGACUUUUUCUGUGACUGCAGCAUCAUUGUGGAAGGGCGGAUCUUCAAGGCCCACAGAAACAUUUUGUUUGCCAACAGCGGCUACUUCCGAGCCCUGCUCAUUCACUACAUCCAGGACAGCGGGCGGCACAGCACCGCCUCCCUGGACAUAGUCACCUCUGAUGCCUUCUCCACCAUCUUAGACUUCCUGUACUCUGGGAAGCUGGAUUUGUGUGGGGAGAACGUGAUCGAAGUCAUGUCGGCGGCCAGCUACCUGCAGAUGAACGAGGUCGUGAACUUCUGCAAGACCUACAUCCGGUCGUCCCUUGAUAUCUGCCGGAAGAUGGAGAAGGAGGCUGCCAUGGCCGCUGCGGUGGCGGCGGCGGCGGCGGCGGCGGCGGCAGCGGCGGCGGCUCAUCAGGUGGACAGCGGAAGCCCCGGUUCAGGCAGGGAAGGGACCUCCUGUGUCACCAAGAGCUUGGGCUCCUCUCCAGCCCGGGGAGAGGAGAGUGCGGACUGUCCAAGGGAGUCGCCUUGCAGUGCCUGCAAAGACUGCCACCCGCUGGAACUGGUGGUGAAGGAAAGCCAGGGCAGUGGCCCCGCUGACAGUGACCUCUCUAUUCUGCCCAAACAGAUAGAGCCCAAGGUGGAGUUUGAUGCCGACGAGGUGGAGGUGGAGUUGGGUGAACAGCUGCAGCCGUAUGCCACCCCGCUCAGCCUGGCCCACAUGGACGAGGGUUUGCCCGGUGGCCAGGCCGUCGACUUGGCUUACAGUAACUACCACGUAAAGCAAUUCCUGGAGGCACUCCUGUGCAAUGGUGCCGUCCCGAGCAAAGAGGAUGGGGACCGUCACUUUUCUCAGAACUUGGAGGGAAGACCAGAGGGUGCAGGAAGAGCGGGGGGUGCCGUGAUGGAUGUCCAGACGCACUGGUAUGCAGAGGACUCAGGUGAUGUGCUGGUGGUCCCCAUCAAGCUCCACAAGUGUCCUUUCUGCCCUUACACUGCCAAACAGAAGGGCAUCCUUAAGCGGCACAUCCGCUCACACACAGGCGAGCGGCCCUACCCCUGCGAGACGUGUGGCAAGCGGUUCACGCGACAGGAGCACCUGCGGAGUCACGCUCUGAGCGUCCAUAGAUCCAACCGUCCAAUCAUCUGCAAGGGCUGCAGAAGAACCUUCACAAGUCACCUGUCCCAGGGGCUGCGGCGCUUCGGGCUGUGUGACAGCUGUACCUGUGUUACAGACCCGCACGUCGACGAGGACGAUUUGAUGCCCAUCAACCUUAGCCUGGUGGAGGCCUCGUCCGAAAGCCAAGAAAAGAGUGACACAGAUAAUGACUGGCCAAUCUAUGUGGAGUCUGGUGAGGAAAAUGACCCCGCCGGAGAGGAUUCUGACCGCAGACAGCGAAUUCGGUCCAACCUGUCCAAUCGAGAGACACUCACAUAGCAGAAAAUUCUGGGGGAGUGGGGGGUAAGGGGAGAGGUUUUAGAAUUUGUU